AUGGCACCCUCACAAAUGGAUUAUCCACAACACGAAAACACGUCGAAUAUCAACUAUACGCACAAGAAGUUCAACACAGGCUGCUACAAGCACAAGAAAUUCGGCAAACGCGACAGCAGCAAAGAUGAUGCACCCACAGCGCCACCAUUGUUUCGUCCAUAUGCACUGAGCGAUAAUACGCCACGGAAACGUCGUCAGGAGUCUGAGCAGCGACAAUGUCAACAGAAACCGCAAUACCAGCUGCCACCAACGCCGCCAACAACCCCACCUCAGCAACAACAUCAACAGCAGAUACAGCCACAUCAAUUAUAUACGCCCACAGCCACGCCCACGCCAAUCAUUAAUCAUCAAGCGUUCGCCUUCAUGUUGCAAAAGCAACGCGCCGUGCUUCAAAUGCGUCACCUGCUCAGCAUCAACCCGGAUGCAAAUACCUGGCCCGCAGACCUGCGCAAUGCCCUCUACUCCAUGCUGCAGCAAUGA